AUGGAUGCCGCCAGCAGACGAAGCUGCCAUUUUGUGGCAUUAAUUAUUCUCAGCAUUUCCCCCAUCCUCUGCUUCGCCGGCGGAGCCAGCAAGAAGUGCGACGUCUUCAGCGGGAGCUGGGUUUUCGACCAGUCCUACCCUACUUCAGACUACUCUGCCACGUGUCCUUUCCUAAGGUCGGAAUUCGACUGCCAAAAGUACGGCCGACCCGACCGCCACUACCUUAACUACAGGUGGCAACCCUCCGGUUGCAACCUGCCCAGAUUCAAUGGAGUUCGGUUCCUGGAGAAGAUGAGAGGGAAGCAGAUCAUGUUCGUGGGCGACUCUGUCAUCUUGAAUCAGUACAACUCCUUGAUCUGCCUUCUCCAUGCUGCUGUCCCCAAUUCCAACAUUUCCGCUCCCUACCCAACGCAUUACGUCACUUUUCAAGACUAUGAAGUUACAGUAACAUAUUUAUGGAGUCACUACCUGGUCGACGUUGUGGAAGAAAGUUUCGGGAGAGUGCUAAAGCUUGAUUCCAUCCGUGAUGGUGGGGACAAAUGGAAACAAGUGGACGUAUUAGUUUUCGACAUUGGUUUUUGGUGGUAUGUUAAAGGCAAUCGGAAAGGGUGGGAUUUUGUCCAAGAUGGCAACACCAUCGUGAAGGACAUGGACAGGACAACUGCCAUGGCCAAAGCUCUGGCAACGUGGGGACGAUGGGUAAACUCGGAUGUCAACACUACAAAGACUAGAGUGUUCUUCGAGGGGAUUUUCCCCGCUCAUUACCGUGGGUUUGAGUGGGGGAAGCCGGGACUUAGGGACUGCUCCCGGGAGACGGUACCGGUGGCCGGUUCUAGAUAUCCGGGAGGUCUGCCGUCGAUCGCCGGAGUGGUGGAAGGAGAGCUGAGGAAGGUGAAGAGGAACAAACAUGUUCAUUUCCUGAAUGUGACGACACUUUCCCAGCUGAGGAUAGAUGGGCAUCCGGCGACAUACAAUGGCGCCGACGGCAGAAUGGAUUGCACGCACUGGUGCGUCGCCGGGGUCCCUGAUACCUGGAACCAGCUGUUAUACCUCUUUUUAUUAGCUUGA